CUGUUACUGCGCGUCUCUACCUGCGUUCUCAACGCCAUUUUCCACAUACCGUGCCGGUUCUGGGCCUCUUACCAAAAUGUAAACAGUACUCCUGUGUACUUCUUAUUUCGUGAACAUAGUUCAAAAUCAUCGAUAUUGAUAUUUUACUAAAUUGAAGUAAGAAUGAAGGACUCCAAUGACGAAGACCCCAACUCAGAGGAAGUGAUCCCAAUUCCUGUUCAGAUAUUCCUGUGGACACAAACCACGCCAUUCGUACGGCCUAGACUUGGAAAAGUUCACGAUGCAGAUUGCAUGUUUUGCCAACGAGCUCCUGGACACCAUGAAUUGAAAGAAGCUUGUAAGUCAUUUGAAAAAGUCUUGGUGCAGAAUAUCCGUAUUGAAUUAUCUCUGAGUUUGAAUGAGGCUAUAGAAGCAAUACCAAGAUGGCGCCUCAUACAAGCUGCAUUUCCCCAUGUGAUGCAUGCAUUGGCUGCGUUGUUGCACAACAGAGUAAAAGACAACAUGCAGUCCCUAGGCAAUGUGGAAACCAGAUUACUUUACACUUUGCAUUGGAUCCUCCUUGAUGCCUCAGAUGAAUGUGCUGAGAAUGAUUAUGAAAAUGGGAUUUUUAUAUCCAAUCCCUUUCACUACUUAUUUUCUAUACCGGCCAUGACUCUCUUUGUCUUCUUAUUUGCACCAAUAUCUCACCACCUCAAGGAGUCUGACUUCACUAUAAAUUAUCGAUUGGAGAAUGGUUUGAAGCUGUGGCAAGCAUUGUGGGAAUUCAGACAUCCUGAUGCACCAUGCUUCACCACACAUGUGAAACCUAAGCCUAAGCCUUUAGGUGGAAAAUUUUCUAAGCGUAAUCAGCAUGGAGAUGUGUUUAUGGGCCGCAAAUAUUCUAAAGAGGAAGGCCCAGUAAAUGGAAGCCCUCCAAGUCAAAAUAUAUCUAUCUCUCAACCUGAAGUACCAGUGAAACAAGCAAGUACAGAAGAAGAACCUUGGCUCUCUUCACCAAAAGAUACAAUCUUCCCUGAAACUAUUCCUGAAGAAAGCUCAAGCACUGAAGAAGAACAUGUGUUUAUUUACCGACUUCCUUCUGAACAAAACUUUGGUGGCGCUAUCAAAGAGACUUACACGGUAUACGCGGCCGAUCCGAGCUUGUUCCAACUACGGAAAUCCGACUCCACGAAACCGACUUUACCUGGCAUCAAACCACUUCCGCAAAUUCCAAAAAUGAGCUCAUCUGACAAAGAAUCUCUAUCAGAUAGUGGUGGGGGUGGACAAGGGCCUAAAGAGACACCUCCUACCGAGAAUCCACCAUCAACGAAACAAGGCCAUGUAUCAGCUGCCACAUUUUUAGAUGUUGCUACUUUACGAUGUCUUUUUACUUCUCAAUGGCAAGAAGAAGGUGUAUAUUGGGCAUUGCAUUAUUUGUAUAAUAGAUUGCGAGAUAUAUGUGACGAUAUAUCGAAACAAACUCAACCAAGAAAAAGAAGCAACUCAUUACCUAUACCAAAAAUAGAAGUAUCUGUAUACCAGAGCCCCGAUAUUAAAGAACGAGAUUCAUUAAAAAAUUUUAUGGAGGUUCCAGAAGUCAAAGACAUGUCACCAUUAAACGAAAGUCCAUUUCCGAACGCGCCAAAAAUUGAGGAAGAAUGUAUUAUGUCACGUCGAUCUAGUGAAAAGAUAAAACGAAAAAUGAAAAUGGCUGAUUUAAAAGCAUUCGUUGAGACUAAACUACUCUCUAAAUCUGAAAAAGCACUAGAAAAAAUUGGUCAAGACGACCAUAAGUUUUCAUUUCACACAGCAGUAAGAAUGCUAUCUGACUAUCAUAGAAGCCUAGACAAUGCUGACGACAGGCCUAACUCAGCCCUAGCAAGCAAUUUUCCGCCAUUAGCACCCAGAUUAACGGGUGAUUUCCUACAGUGCAAUCUCAUCAAAGGAAAAAGUAUGCCAAGUUUAAGAUACAUCGGGGAAAUCAAGACAGAAAGGUCCCAUGGGCCUUCUAACACACUGCCUGCAAGUAUACAGAAAAAGAAGAAUCCCAUAAUAACUGUUACUGAACACACACCAACGCCAUCUCCCGAUUAUCUCUCUAAGACAAGACAGGGUUCAAUGGAAUCUCAGAUCGAUUCAGUUAGCAUGCAAGGGUCCCAACACAUGCCUACUCCAGAAAGGAAGCCAAGUCUGACCCGAUCACAAACAGACUCUAAUAUUACCUAUGUUGUAGAGGAGAUACAAGAGGCGCCUGGAAGCUUAUAUUAUAUUACAAAAGAUGGUGAUAUAGAUUUUCAAGUCGUUCUAAAGGCUGUUUACUCAGUAUCUGUUAUGGAUAGCUUCUACAUAACCUUACGAGUAAUGGAAGUAAUGUUGAACUUGGUUGAUACAUUAAUGGAAAUUGGAGUUCACAAAAACUGGCAGAAUAACGUUUCUGAAGAUUUGCAACCAGGAUCGGUGGAUCCAUUAAUGGAUCUAGGAAAAGACAAUAAGGAAAGGGAUUCUGGUUUACCAUGUGCUCAAAGUCAAGAUUCUACUAAUGUAGAAGGUGGUGACAGUACUAAGGAGAAGAAAGAAGAAGAAAAUAUAGAUUGUCCAUAUUUCAUGAUUAUGAAUAUUAUACUCAGACUGCUGCGGCAGCUGGGUUGCUCGCACGGAUGCGCAAGCGCACUUCGCGGGCCGCAAGCGGAAUGCCUACGUGUACAAGCACGCAGCUCAUUACGACAGCUGCGCGCGGCCUCCAUACCCAAGUUCACUUUACGUCUCAAGGAGAUGACCAAGUUUGCACCCAUACGAGAAGUACUCGAUAAUUUGCACGCCACUAUUGGGUUUUGUGUUGAGCCUGCAUCGUUAGUCUCACCUAUGAACCAACAAAAACGUAACAAUGCAAAAUCACCAGAAAUGAGCCAUUUGCAAGCCGGGUACGCGACGAACUUUGGUGCAACACAGGGUGCCAAUGCAAACAGAGCUAUAGAGACAUUCAUAAUAGAGUCUACAUUCAGAGUACUAGUUACCAGGUUCGCAUUAAUGCACAAGGAAUUGAAAAUGCUUGAUAAUUCAGCGUUAUACAGUGAAGUCCGUUUACUUCUAAGCUAUGUAAGAGAAGCUCACGGCGGACAAUUCCGUGUAGUCGCAUUCAGUGCACUAUUAGACACAGCGGAAAGACCGGAUAGUCAACAGAAGGAGUCAAAUAUGCAAACGACAAGAGUGAUAAGGCAUAUCCCUCGUCCGGCGGAUGACGAGCGUGGGUCUGAUACAGGCGCGGAUUCUGGCUGCGCUGCCGAUGAUCGAAGUCAUAAAAAGUUUACCUUCAAGAAGAGAAGUACCUCUUCUACUGGAGCUCAUAGCUUGCUGGAGACAGAAGGCGCGGAGUCAGCUAGUCAGUCGCCGCUGUCGGUGCGCGCGCGUCGCUACCAGCUGACCCCCCGCCAGUCCGAGCGAGCGAUCCCCUCCAUCGCCGCCGCCGCCGCCGCGGCCUCCGCCGCCUCCGCCGGCUCCGCUGCCUCCGCCGAUGUCACGCCCCACCACAAGCUCACGCACUCCAAGUCCAUACCCUCCAAGUUCCACAUCAGCGGAAUUGUGAACUGGUUCCGGCAAAAGCCGCGGGGCCACUCGCUGAUCCGCAACGGCGGCGGGUCGGGCGAGUCGCUGCCGAUGUCGGGCAGCAUGGUGUCGCUGGCGCGGCCGCUGCCCGGGCCCUCCGCUCACCACUCCGCGCGACCAGUACACGUUAAGCGCCGCGUCGGCUACACGCUCAACAGAGCACGGAAGCGAGUAGAGGACAGACUUAACAGAUUUGGUCUAAGAAAAAUGGGGAAGAAACGAGAUGGCAGUAUCGAAGAAACCAGCGGUGGAUAUAUGUCUCGCCGGGGAUCCGCGGAAGGGGGAUCCGGCGGCGGCGAAUCAGAGGUGGUAGUGCUGAAGCGACGGCGGCUGGUGGCAGCGGCGCCGUUAUAUGCGGGGCUGGCGCGGUUCAGCUUCCUGCUUGACGCCACGCAGCCCGGCAGCACGCCUGAUGCACUCUUCAUGGCUGCGCUGCUCGAUUUGCCACACACUGUUGUAGUGGGCAGAGCGGCGAUACUACUGGAAUGUGCCCACUUAGUACACAACUGUAACAAAGGACAAUGGCCUUACUGGCUCAAGUCGAAUAUAGCUAAAAACACUAUGGCCUCAAGUCCUCAGUUAAGACAGCGAUUAGCAGCUAAGCUUUUCUAUCAGUGGGCGGAGGCAAUAGGUAAUAGAUUAGAAGAAAUGUUGGUGGAAGAUAAGAAACAUAUUGAUACAGUUAUCAAUUUAGUGACUGAUCCAGACGGGCAACGAGAACUUUUGCAACAAGAUGAAGAAGAGGACUUUCUGGAUGAAGCCAGUAUCCGGCUCCCCGGGAAACCUAUCGGCGCAGAAUGUCCCCGAGCUCUUCGCCUGGUGGCCUGCGUACUACUCUUUGAAAUAACAGCAUUCCUACGGGAGACUUACCAAAACAUACCGAAGUCUUGCCGCUCGUCGUUAAAGGAAAGAGGACCAUGGGACAGAGUUUACAGAUGGAUGGAAAAACGACGUUUGUUGUGUAAGAAUAAGGCUCUUAGCAGUCAACACACAUUAAUGCCAGUCGAGGAAGCGAACCGCCGCUGGAGCAUGGCUCUGUCGAGUAUGGGGCACUCGCAAGCGUCCGCCCAGAGCUUGCAGUCGAUUGCUUGCGCUGAAACUGAGAGAAAAAUCUCAUUUGUUAUCCAUGAACCAGAAAACGUCUCCGGUGGAAGUAACGCUACACUGGCAGACGCAGUCCCAACGUCGGCGGAUGAUAAGAAGGGUCGACUGGGUUCUCGCAGCAAAGCGGGCAUGCAUCGCCGCAACACGCAACAGGCCCAUGCGUAUGGCUCGAUCAAACGACGCUCGAUCAAACUGAGGCAGAAGGACACGAGAGACGUCGAAGAGUUUGUUGCUAGAAGGUCAGAUUCUAUACAGAGCAGAAGGAAAGUGUCAUCUCUUUCCGAUAGAAGCGAUACCUCAGAAGUUUAUCCAGGGACAGGCGGUACAGUGAUAAUGCCAAACGAGGUGGACAGCGGCGGCGAGGAGAGUCCAGGGGUACUGUCAGACGACCACGACCAUCCUCCUGACAGCCCGGACAGCAACUCCACAGAUCCUCCGGACAACAACAAGGGAUUUCCUUGGCUUAAAGUAAUGGUGAAAUUUUUGAAUUCAUUUAACUAUGUUUGCUGCCAUCAAAACUUCUGUCAUCCUUAUUGCUUCCGGCGUAAUAUGCGAGCUAGUGUCAGACUCAUGAAAUCUGUAUUGAAGAUUUAUGGAGAAAAAUUUGGCCCUGAAGUACAUGCAACUUCGUCGGAAGAGAGCGUAUGUGGCGGACGUCGCGGCCGCCGGACUCGUAAACCAUCUGAACAUUCUACUGAUAGGAUCGACCGGUCGGUGAUCGAGAGCGCGGGGCUGGCGUACCGCGCGGCGGGCGGCGAGGCGCUGCCGGCGCAGGACGCCGCGCCGCCCUCGCGGCCCGCCGCGCUGCCCUACCCGCCGCCCGACCCGCCCGCCAUACUCAAGUACCUCAAGGGACAGGUGCGCGAGGCGUACCACACGCCGCUGGCGACGCUGAUCAAGGGCGCGACGACGAUGAGCGAGGAGCUGUUCGCGGAGUGCGCGCCGGUGGCGUGGCAGCUGCUGCUCGAGCCCGACCGCGAGCUCAGCUCCUGCGCCGCCGCGCUCUUCAUACUCGGCGCGGUCAAGGCGCCGCACACCGCCUCCGACAUCAUGCACAGCGACUUGAAGCACGCCGAGCCGGGAGUCAGAAUCAACGCCAUACUACGAUUCCAAGUGAUGUGGAAACUCCGUUAUCAAGUUUGGCCCCGCAUGGAGGAGGGUGCAUCUGUUACAUUCAAAGUGCCGCCACCAGGCAUCGAAUUUACUCUGCCGUCACCAAAAAUUGGUAUCGAAUCAUUGGCCGUCGUUGAUCCUCCAUGGAGCCCUCAAGUCAAAGACAAAGAUAUGGAAAUGACGUUGAAUCAAGAAAGACACCGUUCUUUAGUGACGGCCACAAAAACUCGCAAAAAACAACAAACGGAAGCGAUAAAGCGCGCGCUGCAACAGCGCAAUGACAAAAAGAGAGCGGAAAGGGAGAGCUUCCUCAUCACCACCAUACCAAUAACGAGACAGGCGGCACGGGAGCCUGCAUUGGACCAUGCCGCCGAUGAUCACAUUGAACCGCCAGCAGAUGAAGAGAUGGUGGAGGGUGUACGAGGAUCACAUCACACGCAAGUUGCCUCUGCUCUAUUUCCAUCUACUCUAUGCUCUGCGGUAGCAGAAAUUAUCUCGUUGUUGGAUGAUGCUGCUGUCUCACGAGAUGGUUGCUCUGUAUAUGAAGUAGCAUAUCAGGUGAUAUGGGGUUGCCUGGUAGAGGACUCUGCUCUUUUCCUCCGCCACGUACUAGAGCGUCUUACUCGCGACCAUCAAGACGAGAUGUUCAAACUGUUGCGUCACCUUAUACGAUUCAUACCACGACUGCCGCAGCAGGCUGCCUUCGCCCUUUAUAACUACAUUAUAGGAUACGUCAUGUUCUACGUGAGAUCCCCGCAUGAAGACGGACAAAGGCUUGUUGGUGCUGCGUUGUCUAUACUGUGGAUGGUCGUGCACAGUGUCCAUGGUAUUAUGUUCAAAGACCUGAAACAAAUACUUCGAAAAGAGCAGUGUGAUGCAUCUAUACUGUUAACUGCUAAUGUGCCAGCUGCAAAGAAAAUUAUCGUUCACGGACCAUCUGAUAAUGAGGGCAGUAUACCAUCUCAGUUUCCAGUACAAGAAGAUACUGUGUUUUCUCAGAUUCUGAAAGAAUCACUAGACUUCUUUAGUAUUCCAGAGAAUUUGCACCGCGAACAUUUUCUUGUAGACUUUAAAACACGUCAAAUCCAUAACCCACAAAGCUACGUCCGCGAUCAUUAUUUCUUCAAGCGCUCACAGUACCCACAAUUGGGCCUUGUACACAUGGAACCUGAAGAAGCUUUCCACAAACUUCAAAAGCAAGAGUUACUGCAGAAAUUUGUCGAGAUCGGCAAAGUACUGCUUACUUGGGCUAUCCUGAAAAAUGUUGAUAUGGUGGUACAACGAGUAGUGUUCUUACAUGAUGAACUUAUGAAGCUGCCAUCAUUCCCACGUAAAGCGCUUGAAGCUGAUUUAGCUUUAUAUAGUGGUGGACCCCUCGGAACUCUUCUGUUGGGUCUAGAUGUUUUACAUAAAUUUAUGUGGGUCCGGCUUAUAGCUCGCAUGUUCGAAGCCAUGGCGGGUAAUUUCACUUCCUCGCGAGAUAUUCACUUAUUCCUGAAUGUUCUGAAUGGUGCGCUAAUGUUACACAGUGAAGACUCAUUGAUACUUAGAUAUGUAAUCGCUACGUAUGUUAACGCCGCCUUCAACUUUAAGAGUAUAUUCUCCACUAAUGGCUAUUUACUUAUAAUGCCCACAUUACUCCAAAUAUACUCCAACUUCCAAACAAAUAAAUUAGUCACCACAACUAUAGAAUACGCUGUAAAACAAUUCUACUUAUUGAAUAGGAAACCAUUCAUAUUGCAAAUGUUUGGAUCUGUAUCCGCCAUAUUGGAUACAGAUGAGGAAUCCACAUAUGGGGAUGCUAGCAAAGUACAAUCAAGCUGCCUAUUCAACCUUUUACUAAGUCUCGAGACCCCAUCCCCGGAUCCUCUUCAUAUAGCUGAACUAAUCAAAGAAGAGAAACCAUUAAAGCCAAUUGAUUUUUGCUACCGUGAUGAAGAAGAAAUGGUCAAUGUUCUGGACUGUAUCAGCUUAUGUGUGAUGGUAGUAUCUUACUCCGCUGAGAGUAUGAGGGGAUAUCAGAUGCUUAUUAUCCUGGAAGCGAUAUUACCGUGCUACGUGAAACAAAUACAGUUACCGACUUACAAUAGAGAAGGGAAAACGGAAAAGGAAAUAAUACAACAACUGGCCAUAGCAAUUAAAACAUUGGUUAAUAACUGCGAAGGAUUGUCUAAGUCUUACAACGGCCCCUACAGAACCUCCCCAGAACACAAAGGGUCAUCUCAAAGAGCCGGCCCGCGAUCCACUGCUGCCACCAUCAUCGGUUUCGAAGAAUCACACUCCAAGUUCGACAAUAAAAUGCCUGUGCCGGAAUAUACAGGUGCUGAGGACUCUGAGUUGGUACGCGCGGAGUACCGUCGGCCACGCGACGUUUUGCUUUCUCUGGUGGGCGAGUUUAUUGGCCGCGCCACCGCUCGCCUGCUCGACCUCAACGGCUCCAAGGGCAGCGGCGGCAGCGAGGGGAAGCCGGUCGAACUGUUGGACUGCAAAUCACAUGCGCGGUUGGCGGAGAUCGCCCACUCGUUACUCAAAGUAUCCCCAUACGACCCCGAGUCCAUGGGGUGUCGCGGUCUACAGCGAUACAUGAUGCAAGUGUUACCGGCUGGCGAAUGGGCCGACGACGCUCUCCGACCAGCGCUCAUUAUGAUUCUACGCAGACUUGAUAAAGUCUUUUUGAAGAUCGCUAAGAAGCCUAGCAUUCGGAGAAACACAGACUGGGAUUCUGCAGCUGUACUGUUACAAGGUGUAUAUGAAACUAUGAUAAGAUGCCCCUAUAUUAUGCACUGGCAGCAAGUCAAAACACUUCUCAAUACAGUACAGGCGCUGAUAGUGUCGGAGAACAAUAGCGGCGAGAACUUAUCAUCUGCGACGGCAGCGCUGAUGUCUCAGCCACCACCGCCACACUUCUGCAGCACCGUCGUCAGACUUAUCGCUUUGCAAGUUAUCAAUACUGGGGAUAGCUAUUCAUUAGAACAAAUGUGCGGAGGCAGCGCGAUAUUUCCAACUGCGGAAAAAACAGAAAACAUGUUAAUGAAUUUGUUUAUGCCUCUUUGUUUGCGCGUCGGCAGCGGCAGAAAAGACGUGCCGCCGCUCCGGCAGUCGGACGUGUCGUACCUGGUGUCGGUGGUGCUGAGCGCGCUGUGUCCGCCCGCGCCGGCGGCCCAGCUCGCCGCCGUCAACGCGAAACUCAACGCGGCCGACGCUCGCGCCAACUCGCUCACGUUCACCGGCAGCCGCGACACCAGGAACACCUCGCGCCUCUCCAACCACACAUACAGGAUCGCCUUCCUAGCGUUGAAGGUGCUAUGCGCAUGCUUCACGAGCGAGCUGUGUUCCGAGUGGGGGCGAAUAGCGCGCGCCAUGCGCGACCUCGGCCGCCGCAACGAAGCCGCACACCACCUGUGGGACUUCCUCGAGCAUGUCGUCACUUAUCGCACGCCGCUGUACAUACUGCUUCAACCGUUCAUCGUACACAAGCUGUCGCAGCCGCCGAUCGGCGACAACGAGCGGCACAUGCAGUUCGUGGUGCGCGAGCGCGUGCGCGGGCUGAAGCUGCCGGCGGCGCGCGCGCGCGGCGCGCUGCUGGCCGAGCUGACGCGCGAGCUGCGCACCAUGCGCGACACGCACGACCAGUACAAGUUCGAACAAAUUGCUGAGAACCUGGGCCAAGCCGGAGGCGGUGGUGCUGGUAAGCGCGCAUCUGAAGUGUUCGGCCGGACGGCGGCGAUGCAGGAGAAGCACCAGCAGCACCGGCCCUCGCUCAUCUCCAUGCUGGUGGGCCGCGGUGGUGCCCUGCCUCGCACGCCUGACCAUCCUUCCGCACCGCUCUCAGCACAAAGAGAAUCACUGUCGAGCAGCUCUACAACAAGUCAGCACAUGCCGACAUUCGAGGUGGCCAUAAAUAGUGGCAGCGGCCGACUCAGCGACACUAGUAAUGCCAACAAUAAUUCUCACAUAGGAUCUAGUAAUUACGGCAGUGACAAACCAGUCGUCAGCACUCCAUCUUAUGCAAACAAUCAAGCAAGGCUACGCUUCGUACCGUCGGUUGAAUUCAAAUUCACUACAGGCGAGACAUCAACAAGUCCACUAUCCCCAUUGUCGGGUGACACCAGCGUGGCAGUGGAGCGCACGGGAGCGGACGCGGAAGCGGAAGCGACAGCGACUCCUACCGACAGCCCCGAGGUGGGAGAGCGGCCGCGGCUCCAACGUGCUCAGGGACCCUCAAAGAAAACCUUUAAAUUUCGCCGCAGCAGGCACGCCAAGCCCGAUGUGUCCCACGUGCGACUAGAGUCGGACGAGUGCUCGUCACCGGGUGCAGAUGGAAUGGACACGACGCCUUUGCGACGGGUAUGCGUAUGGCCGACGCAGCCGCUACUGCAGCCAACCAACGCACACACAGACACCUCCUACGACAGUGAGAUUUCUCAGACAUCCUCCACCUCUGGAUACAGAGAGAGCUACAGCCUGCAAGCGUCGAUGACGGAGUCGCCGGGCGGGUCGCUGCGGUCCCGCGGGGCGGCGCUCGCGUCGCCGGAGGCGGGCCGCAGCGACAGCGCCACGCCGCACGCCAGCCCCGACGGUAAACACGUCUUCCAUCUCUAAGCUGCGACUCGGCCACGUCGUCGGCGGAACGGACAGCGCUACUAGGCGCCGCUAGCCAGCGCUCCUUACUCGGCAGCGAUCUACGUGAUGAAGAUACCCUACUUUAAAGUACAAAUUAUGUAAACAAAUUAUCGAACACCGAGUUGAAUUUCCAAUAAGUAUCUACUACUUCUAUCCAUUUAAUCGUCCAGUCAUAAUCCAUAUUAGUUAUAUGUUAGAACCGUAUAGAUAAAAAAACGUUAUAUUUUGUUUUAGUAAUAUCUAAUUUUUUAUCUAUUAUAAUAUCUAAAUAUUUAGUUUGCUUCUAUUUUUCGAUAUAAAAAAUAGUUAACAAUUGUAAAAGUUCACCGAAACAGUAAAAUUUUACUAACAUAUUUUUUAUUAAUUUAAAAAAGCGCAGACGAGAGAUAAUCUUCGGUAUACAUUUUUGUUCAUCCUUAUUAGUAUUAUAAAUUUGAAGGCGAGUUUGUUUGUUACCUUAUAGCGCCUUAAUAGCUUAGCCAAUCAGUAUGAAAUUUGAUAUACACAUGCUAUAUAGAAUGGAGAAUAAGCUACUUUUUAACCCAGUCAGUAAACUUAUACCGGUCACCAGACGGAGUCGCGGGUAAAAGCCAGUCACAUUAUAAAAUAUUGAAUAACAAAUACACUAUAAACCACAUGUGUUUAAACGAGUAUGUAAUUUAAACAAAAAAUAAACCUCGUCUACAGAAGUCUAUAUGAUUAUGAUAGUACUAUUUGAAAGUAUAAGAAUAAAUUAAAUAAAUAAAUCAGACAAAUAUUUGUAAAAAUACAGCUGACAAUAUAAAAUCAAUGUUAGUAAACUAAUCCAGUGAAAUAAUUCUAACCGCUCAUAGCUACUGUGCUAAUGACAAAAAUAUACUGCCCGCCGUCAUAGGCUUCCAGAAUAAACCCUUUCCAAUAUUCGGAUAAACUAUAUGGAAAUCUGUCUCAAUAUAAUGUUAUAGUAGGUAAUAAUUAUGUAUAUAUUUUUUUAUUUUAUUUAAUAUUUAUAAUAUUCUAAAAAUAGUAUAACUAAACUACAAUUAUAUAGUUGAACUAUCCAAUAAAUUACAUGAUAUUCUGUGUUAUGGCUAUUACAUUCCUAUAUAGAUAAAAUAUAGAUUAAUAUUACGUAUAUAAUUGUCCAUGAUUACAAAUGCUAACUUCUGGUAAGUACUUAGAAUACCUACUUUAGAAAAUAUUAAAUAAAUUGCAAUAUUAUAAAUUUUAUUAUUUAAAUGUACUGUGAGGCUAAUAUAACCUAAAGCUGUCAAAUAUAACAAAUGAAAUCAUUCAGCUAACUGAAAUAAUGAUAAUUUCAUUUGUAACUGAACACCAAUUAAUAUAGCCUCCCACUAAAACUUUCACAAAAAAGGAGUAAAAUAAAAUAUAAAUUUAGAAAAAAAAUAUAAUUGUUAAUUAGUAUUAAUACUAAUUGUAAACAAAGAGAAAUCAAUUUCUCAUGUGUGUCUAGCCAAAAAUGUGAUAAUUUUAUUGAUUUUAUUAUUUACAGUUUUAGAAAAUUUUAAUAAAAGAAAUGUUUGAAU